AUGUCUCGACCAGGAAGUCCCGUGAGUCCCCUGUCGGGAGGUGAACUGCGGCAUUCAGGGGGAAGCACCGCCGAAGGCAGUAACGGGGCGGGUGUCCCCCAACAACCCAGAAAGACACGUGCGACCUUGGCUUGUAAAAGAUGCAAAAGACGAAAACAACGGUGUGAUGGCGGUUACCCUGCCUGUCGAUCAUGUGAGAGAGCUGGAUCAUCCUGUAUAUACGAAAAAACCAUUCGGCCUCAGUAUCCCGGAGGCAAGUCACUUUAUAUCAAAGCAUUGGAAGAACGUAUCGCUUUUUUGGAAGCGCGCCUACCCGACUAUGCCGAAGACCACUUCGAGGCGCCGGCGUUCGACACCCAAUCAACGACCGGAACGCGACAAUACCCUCGUUCAAAAGCGGUGGAUGAUGAAGACCACUCCUCGCUCGUCGACGGUGUUGCGUAUUUGUCACUAAGGGCUUCGGGCACUACCGAUACAGCUCCAGAGCCCUUCUACCUUGGAUCAAGCUCCGGAGCCACCAUCGCACGGAUGAUACAAAGUGCCAUCUUCCAUGGCUCGUCUGGCACCGCAGUUUCCGAGGCAAUAGCUGCGUCUCAGUCACACCAGCUUGAUGUGCCAGAAUCUGCACUCCCGUCGGUGCCUUUGUCGGUUCGCCCAGAUGGGUCGGUGUCUGAGUUCCCACUUCUUGAGCAGUCGAAGCUUCUCUUUGACAUUUUCUUUGAUCGCUUACACACACGGUGGCCAAUGCUGGAUCGACAAGAGUAUUCUGUAUUGUUCAAUAAGCAAUACGAGAAAGGCGUGCUGUCCAUCACCCAGCGGAGCAUCAUGCACCUCAUCUAUGCGAUCUCUGCAAGGUUCCUGCAACUCACCGGGAAGAUAUGUGGCGUUGAUCAUGAGCGGCACCUUGUUGCAGCAAUUGAACCCAUGGACUACAUACUCGAACAACACAACAUGGCAACGGUCCAGUUCCUUCUUCUUUUGGCUGUUCAUGGUCAACGGUCGCCGUACGGGGCAGGUGCAUGGAGUCAGGUGAGGUACGCCGUUUCACUAUGCAUCGAAUUGGGUCUGCACAGAAAGCGAAAGGUUGCAACCUCCACCAAAGAGGCUCGAGACAACGAGCUACGCCGACGUGCAUUUUGGUCGUGUUACUGUCUGGAUAGAGGGACCAGCGUCGUGCUGGGCCGGGCAUUCGCCAUUGCAGAUCGGGAUAUCAACGUUGAGCUUCCCAGUCUGAGCGUCGAGUACUGGAGUUUGACGCACCGAGAUCCCCCCGAUACUUCAAGAGGUACACCCUGGUCCAACAUUGCGCCUUUCGUCCACAUAAUCAAGCUGGAGAGAAUUCAAUCACGCAUUCACCGCACCGUAUUCCGAGUUGAUAAGGAUGCGUUUGCUGGUCCGCCCGAGCAGAGGGCCAAGCUCGACGGGAAAAUGGCAAGGAUGAGAGCUGAUCUGGACGAGUGGAUACGAACCAUCCCUUACCAGCCCAAAGACGCAAAAAGGAUCACCUGGAUGUACGAUCCGGAGAGUGCAUACCAUGAUUCACGCGACUUUUUCAAUUUACAAUAUCACAAGGCUGUGCUCAAUUUGUUCACCGUUCUCCUACCACGCCUUGACUCAACAGAUCCCCGCUUCGUCACGGCAGCACGCUCAGCUGCCUGCGUCUGCGUUGCAUAUCAGCGGCUGAACCAACAAAAGACGUUGAGCUACACCAUGAUAUCACUUCACAGCUGCUUCGUUGCUGGUCUUACGCUCAUGUAUUGCCUCUGGCGUGACGGCUCACUCUUUAGCUUUGAUGUAUUGGAAGCGUCUCGAGCGUGCUCACAGAGUUUGACAAUCUUUGGAGAAAAAUGGGUAGGCGCGGUGAAGUAUCGGGAUAUCUUCGACGCACUAUCAGGAAGCCUGUUCAAAGCGAUAAUCAACCCUGCCACGGGGACUUCAAAUUCGGCAAAUCUCGGCCCGCUGCGCGUGGAUCUCGACACAGAUACAAAUCAGACGGCCGCCAUAUCCAGGCAAACUCCAACCUUGAAUGAAUCGCAACCGCAACCGCAACCGCAAACGUGGCCGGGAACUUCCAAACCAACAAUGAUCCACAUGGUUUCAGACGCCGUAAAAGAAGCGUUCAUGGAGGUUGAUGAGGAGGCACCUGGCGGCUGGCAGGGCUGGAAGAUGUGGAACGAAAUGGUCACUGAGCACGAGAGCUAUGCUGAGACCAAUUUCGUUCCUGGUUCAACCGCCGCAAGAGGUGAGCCGUCGGCGGCUUGGUGGCCCGAACAAGACAAUAAUGCCUUGUACGCAGCCAACAUGCCGCAACAGAAUUCCAAUGUCGAAAGCUUUGAUCAGUACGGGGCAAUGGGAGCGGCCGGCUGGGAUUAUACCGAGCUUGGGAUGCUAGGCUAG